AUGGUGGCUAAUACUGUACAGUCUGCGGCUAUGGGCAGAAAUUCGAACGUGGUACCAAGACAAAUGAACGUGACUGAAUCUAAUAAGACAGACAGGAAGUUGAGUGUUGGAGACGCUGAAGGACUACAACAGCUCUAUCUAUGGACUGUGUUCAGAGUUCAGACUGAUAUUGUAAAGCCAAAAAGACAACCAGUUCUGCAGCUACAAGUAGCAAAGACACGUAAUCAUAGAGCGAAGUUUGCUGCAACACUCGGGUUGUCAGAAGUACUGGCAAAAGCUCUACGUGCGGCGACCGUGAGCAGAUCACUGAACUACGUCAUAUAG